AUGACCUUCCCUCCCCCUCCUCCUUCCUCCCAAUCGUCGAUUGCUUCUGGCACCGAUAAGUCUUCCACGAUCAGACCUGGAAGGUCACAGCAAUCUGCCUGGGGUCCAUCCGUGUCCCAGUCCAGCGUUCGCCGUGGACUGACUCCGCUUGCGACCAACAAUCUCGCAUCGUCAUCUUUCCCCUCAGCCUCUUCCCGAGGGCCACCUCAGUCCAGUAGUCCUGGUCCGGGCGGUUCAACUUCAUCUCCUUUGACCUCUUCCUUCUCUGCGGUUCUGAGUUCCGCACGAGGCUUUCCAGGCAGCCGGAACGCACCCUCACCUGCCUCCACGCCGUCACCCUUCACCUCCUUCCAAUCUGGCUCGCAACAACAUCAGCAGCCCGGACAAUCUCUCUCGUCUCCUAAGUUCAGAGCCCAUACCCCGUCGUCUGGGUCACAUCUGGCUUCCACAGCGGGCUCUAUCGCGGGUGGUGGAGGCUCCGGGGGAGGCGGAGGUGGGACGGGAUCUUCCAGAGGCGCCACCUUCUCUCCGUUGUCAUCUGGGACAACGGUAAACUCACCUACAGGGUUUCCUUCUGACAAAUCGGGCUCGGCAGCUGCAGCUCACGCAAGUCAGUCUUCGCUAACAAAAAUAUCUAUCGCUCAAGUGUUUCUUCUCCUAGAUUCAAUUACGGAGAAAGAAGGUCGAGAGAAGUGGGACACGAAAGCUGCUCAGAUUCACAAAGUAAGCCAAUUCCAUCUGUAA